AAAAGCACAAAUUAGACAAGGCGCGUCACUAAAUUCACAAGAAGACAGAAGCAGCCGUGAGAAGAAGCCUUGAAGUUCUGAAAAGAAAGACUCAUCAAAAAUGAACGCCAGCCCUCCUGCAGGAAGCGCCCUGGCUCCUGGUGGAGCCACCGGCCCCACCACACCCAAGAAAGGCCCACCCAAGUUCAAACAGAGGCAGACUCGUACAUUCAAGAGCAAGGCUCCCAAACCAGGCCAGAAGGGCUUUGGGGACGAUAUCCCCGGCAUGGAGGGUCUCGGCACAGACAUCACAGUGGUGUGCCCAUGGGAAGCCUUCGGCGACAUGGAGCUGAGCGACUUGGCCAAAUACGGCAUCAUUUAAACCUCCUGAACCUUUUCCUCUCAUCCUGUUCAUCUCAGCUCGGCUCGCCGCGAUAAGGCCGCCGCUUUCCCCCUAACGCCCUCUUCUCUGUCUAUCUCGCACUCUACUCCACUGUGUGGACAUUAUUUUUAUAUUAUUAUUAUUAUACAAUACUGUUUACAGUAUAUAGACUUGAAACGAGAAGACGAGAAAAUAAAUCCACAUCUCCUGAUCCUUACCCACGUGAAGUAGCUCGCCCGACCUCUCUUCUCUCUGCCCGUCCCUGAAAACCUGCGGCGAUGGAAGCCAAACUUUAGCUCAGGACCAGCUUGUAUUUGCUUCUAGCUGUUUGUGAAAAUGUAAAUAAUGUGUUCUCAGAAACGUCUUCCUUUUGUACUUCCCUCCUCUUUGAUUCUGAAUUUCUGCUCCUUACGAUUGAAGUUGUAAACACCAAAAGGGAUGCGAGAAACGCAACACUUCCACACUAUCAUGGAGGAGGAACUCCGGCUCCAGUUCUCCUCGCUGCUAUCUGAACCCUCGUCUAAGAGAAAAUAAAGACAUGUACUGUUUGAGUUUGUGAGCAUACUCUUAUAGAGAAUGUACUGCAAACUGUACUGAUAGCUGCAGUAAAA